UAAUUUGGUUGCCCUCAAAUGUGUGAUUUUUUUGUCUUUUUCGCAUUUAGCCUCUCCCUUGUUUGACUAACGUUGUAAUUGCCACAAGACUUGAAAAAAAAAAAAAAGCUGAAGAAAGAGGAGAAGAAAAAUCGCAGAGGAAUUACACUGAGAGCGUUUUAUUAACUAACACUAGUUACUGCAAAAUCGAAGCUUCUCAAAGAGAUGGAGAAGGAAGGGCAUGAGGAGAACAACCACACUGUCUCCGGAGAUUUAAUGGCGAAAAGGAAACGAGGUCGUCCGAGGAAACACCUGAGGCUAGAAUCUAACGAGCGGUCUCCUCUUGUUACUCCUCCAGGGUUAAGCAGGACUCAGAUUCGUCAGAGGCACGAUGAUGAUGAAGCUAUGGUUGGACAACAGAUUACUGGCGUGAUCGAGGCGACGUUUGAUGCAGGGUUUUUGCUUUCGGUUAAGGUUGGAAAUUCAGACAGCAUGCUUAGAGGUGUGGUGUUCAAGCCUGGUCAUUGUGAUCCUGUAUCGGUUGAUAACGAUGUUGCUCCUGAUGUGCCAAUGAUAAGAAGGAACAGUGAUGUGAUGCAUCAUGACGGCUCAGCUAAACGAGGUCGGAAAUCCAGAUUCAGGGAGAAACGUGGUAGUGGUGUUAGAAACAGAGCAUUGGUUCCAAUUCAGCCAAAGAAUCUCUUGGUUCCUGUCGUGCUUCAGCCUUCCCAUCAUCUACAGAAUGGUGGUGGACGUGUCCCGAUCCACCACAGUCCCAUGCAGACCGAGACGGGGUCUCAAGCGAGUAACGGCAAGCCUUUUGAGACGCUGCUCACACAGGUGAUGAAUAAAGGUCAAGUCCAUCACACGGCACAGUCCAUUGAACCAGAGUCAGAUGAGCAAGCUCUGUCUAUUGAGCCAUUGCAGGCGAUACACCCGGUCCAUCCAGUACAUAUGCCGAAACCCAUGCCGUGUUACGGACGAGGCCAGAUGACAGAACUCCUUCAGGCUGUGCAGGAAAAUGUGAGAGAGACCCAUUUUUCUCAAGGCCAUUGAUCUUCUGAAAGAUUACUUCUUCUUGCAAGAGCUUAAAAAGUCUGAUUCAAUCUCAUUGUAAUCAGAAAUAGGAAAAAAACAGAAUCUAACUAUUGUUAGCUUAAAGAUGUCAGCAAAAUUACCGUGAUUCAUCAUAUAAAUUGCUCAUUACUUCCU